AUGCUAAUUAGGCAGACAAAAAAUCCCGGCAAGACGUUCUCUGAGGACAACGGCAUGUAUAAGAUCGUUCGCGACGAACCAGUGGGCGUGUGCGCGGGGAUUGUCUCCUGGAAUGCGACCUUCCUCUAUGUCGGCUGGAAGAUAGCACCAGCUCUGGCUGCAGGCUGUUCGUUCAUUUUCAAGUCGUCGGAAAAAUCACCGUUGGGAGUUCUUGGUCUUGCCCCUCUCUACAUAGAAGCCGGCUUUCAAGACGGUGUUGUUCAAUUCGUGACUGGGGAGCGAAAGACUGGCGCCCUGCUAGCCUCCCAUAUGGACAUCUCAAAGAUCAGCUUCACCGGCUCCGUUGGGGCCGGCAAGGCUGUGCAACAAGCCGCAUUGAAAUAG